GAAUGGGCUGAGGGAACGACGAGGGAGGGAGGAGGAACCGAAAGAGGAAAAAAAAAGUUCAACUAAAAAUGGCUUCCUUGUCUUUGGAGUCUCCAGAACAAACGGAGAAUGGAAGCGCCGACGAGUCCGGGCAAUCAGAAGCCCGAGUCAAAGAGGAGAAGGACUCGGAGGAAGUUUCUGAGCGGCUGUUUGAGACCUUCCCAAAGUCCGCGCUCGGCUUUUCCAGUGAGCAGGUCGCCUGCGUGUGCGAGGCUCUCCUGCAGGCGGGCAACGUGGAUCGCUUGUGGAGCUUCCUGGCCACCAUCCCUCCUUCGGCCGACGUGCUACGUGGCAACGAGACCCUGCUUAAGGCCCAGGCCCUGGUCGCCUUCCACCGCGAGGACUUUACAGAGUUGUACGCCAUCUUAGAGAGCCGCGACUUCCACCCGAGCAACCACGGGUUCCUGCAGGACCUCUACCUGAGAGCGCGCUACAAGGAGGCGGAGAGGUCGCGGGGUCGCAGUCUGGGCGCCGUGGAUAAGUACCGGCUGCGCAAAAAGUUUCCCCUUCCAAAGACCAUCUGGGACGGAGAGGAGACGGUAUAUUGUUUCAAGGAAAAGUCGCGUAACGCCCUCAAGGAGUGUUACAAAGUGAACCGGUACCCAACUCCGGACGAGAAGAAAAAUCUGGCCAAACUUACUGGACUUUCUUUGACCCAAGUGAGCAACUGGUUCAAGAAUCGGCGACAGAGAGACCGAACUCCAUCCGGUACCAACAGCAAAAGUGAAUCUGAUGGAAACCAUAGCACAGAGGAUGAGGCUAGUAAGGCUGAUCUGGAGGAUAUUGCUGACAAACCUGCUGCUCAAGAGGCUGGAGGCUCAACUGCGUCUCUCAUAUCUCUCUCUGGUGCCCCCUGUAGUACUGGAGGUCAGCUCAUUCUCAAUAACACAGGGGGAUUCCUUACUAGUCCUCAUCCCCUGUUGCUCAAUGGGAGCCCAUUGCUAUCAGGGACUGGAACUGGUGUCAUCAUUAAUGGACUGACUCUGAGCGAUGGUCAUGCAGUCACCCUCAGUCCCGUAACUACCAACACUCCACUUUUACUCAAUGGGGCUCAGGUUAUAUCUAAGGGUAGUGGAAACAAUAGCGUCCCAGAUGAAAACUGCAUUACCAAAAUAGAAACGCAAGCCAACCUCACUAGCGCAGUUCCUGUCUCAUUGACCGAGGAAACGAAUGCGACCAACCAUAAUGUCUCUCCGUUGGACUUCAUUACUGUUCCAGGGGCUAUGAAGGCUCAAGAUAGCAGUCAAAUGGUGCCUCCCAGCUCCAUAUCCACAUCCACAAUCUCUUCCACAGUGAUGACUCGCACCUCCCUCCCUUCAUUAGCGUUGACUCAAAAUGGCAUCCUUUCCUCUGCAGUUCCCCCAUCUGGUGCAGUUAUUUCCAACCCAGCGAUGCCUCUACGAUCCACCCAGCAGCCUGAGCUUGUGGUGGUAGCAACAGCUGGUUCCCAAAUAAACCCUACAUCUUCGAUUUCACAAAUGGCAUCUUCUUCCACUGUCUGUAGCUCUCAGGUUUUUUCUUUGCCCCAGGUGGUACCAUCUAUCCAGGGUAUUCCAGUAUCUCAAUUAGUGCAGCACCCAGCAGGGACUCCGGUGUCUUGCCCUCAGUUGGUUCCAGUGUCCCCCAUUACUACUCAACUAUCCCAGAGUUCCACCCCUCAUUUUUCAACCCCCAAUCUGCAAAUUGGGCCCAGGUCUACUCAAGCUCAACCUCAGAAUGGAUCCUCUGCACUUGGGGAGAACAUUGUUGUGCCUGUCCCCCGGGUGCCUAAUGGACAGGCUCCACAAGGGCUGACACUUCAGUUAAUAGACCAGUCCACGUCAGCCACCACCCCACACAUACAGACCCCGCUGGGUACACAAGGCAUUCCCAUCUCCUCACCAACACAAGUAGUUCCUGUUUCACAGUCCAAGGACACAGGGCAACCCCAGCUGGUGCCUUUGCCCCAAUUCAUGCCUGUAUCCCCCAUUACUGGAGCACCUACAGGGACCAUAUCCUUCCCUCAGGUGGUCCCAGCUGCACCCUCCUUCUCCAUCCCAACUCCAGGAGGUGCUUUCCAAAUCUUAACAUCUGGCUCUGGAGGAGGAGUUGCUGUGCCUCAGGGGGCUAUACGUAUAAGCCCAAUAGGACCUCCUCAGAGUGUGCCUACAGCUGGUGCUAUUCCAGGUGUCCAGCUUCUCAAUUCAGGAGUGAUUCAACUUCCCUCUGCUUCUCCAGGUAACUUCCUCUUGGCAGGUGGCAGUCCAUUCCUGAGUGUUCAGAACGGCAAACUCAUUCUCACCAUCCCAGCUGGUUUCCAGUUUACCAGCAUGCCUGUCAAGUCCAUCCCAGAAAAUCCAGGCCCAAGUGCUAGCAGCAGCAGUGGACUGGAACAUACCUUAACAGGAACGUCACUACAAACUCAGCCAGUCUCCUUAUCCUCUGGCCAGACCUCUACACCCUUUCAGUCAUCUCCUUUAAUUGGCUCAUCUGCACUUUACUGUAGUCCUGAGCCUGGAGCCCUGGCCAAUCCAACGCCAGGAGCCUCUCCAAACACCUCAGACCCUCCGACCCCAACCCCAACUAGUGUGCUGCCAUCCCAACAGACCCUCAGCCCAGAGAGCAUGCUGUCAUUCAGUCCCCUCAGCAGUGGUGUAGCCAGUGGUCCCCAUCUCAUUCAGCCUGCUUGGAGUCCCGUGCCCCUGUCAUCUUCAUCUGGACUCACACUGUUUGAUGUACGUGGGAAAGGGGAUCUACCCGAGGACGCAGGUUUAUUGGGCUUACCAGGUGGGGAGUCCCUGCUACUGGGUACCCCUCCUUCAGUUGAUGAUGUACAUAGGGAAUCUCAUCUGGACGAGGUGGAGAUGGAUGGAGACACAAAGAUUCUUACCCAACUGCAGUCUGUCCCUGUGGAUGAUGAUUUGGGUUUGUAAUCAUUCAUCUUUUGAGUUGCCUUUCAAAAGCCCUCAGACAAUCUUGACUCUUGGUCCACAGCACUCUAUAUUUUGUAUGUUGAUGUAUGACAUUGGAGAUAGGAAUCAUAGUAGACUCUUGGUAAAUGAUACAUGAUUUUGUUCAUUUAUAGAUUUGUUUCAAAAAAGAAUGGCCCACUUAUAAGCUUGUAGAUUUUGUUGGCUCUGACAUCAUCUCACUUUUGUGGUUCACGGUAAACAGUAAUAGAUUAUAGAGGUUUUACUUCCCAAAGAAAUACAGGGGGUUUAAUGUCAUUUGCAGAGAUGCAUGGAACAUUACAUUAUGGGCAUCUAUGCAACAGUAGGGCUAUUUUGUUUUUUAAAAAUACAAAUCAUGCAUUAUAGUUGGAAUUUACUAUACAAUCAGUAUUUUAUUGGUUUAUGAGAAUCCACAGUUAAUGUUUGUUAGGAAUCAAACACUCCAGUCAAUUACUUCAGUGCAGCUCAUUCAGAGAAGGCACUGCUGAUCAGUUUUUUUUGAAAGCAGAAAAGGCUAGCUGAUAGCUUCAAACUUACACCAAGUAUAAUAAAUGUGGUAAAAUAAACAGAACUCUAAAUAGAAGACUGUUUCUGAAUAUAGUCACUUCUGCAAAACUAAACUUGUUUAUUGGAUUUUACAGCACAUUUUAAAAUAUGGGCAUUUUUAAGUAAUGGGAAUAACAAAGUUUUUUUUUUUUUAAUUAUUAUUAUUUUGUUGGUCACAUACUGUCUCAAUCCUGGGGCCUGUCUCAUAAAGCAGGAUUUUGUUUGGCUAGGUAGCGCUCUUGGAGGUUAGUUUGAUCUUAGUCUAUUUCCUCAUAGUUGUUCACUUUUUAUUCCGUUAAACUGCUGACUUUUAUAUUACAUAGUUAAGUUGUUGUGGGGAAGGUUAGAUUCUGGAUUACAGAAAUUAAACAGCUGUUCAUCAGUUAGAUACGAACUGUGUGUCAAAAAAAAAAAUGGCACGUAUUCCCUAGAUUAGGCUACUAAACUUUCACUGUGAAAAUGGCUUUAGCAUCCCUUUAAAAAUUGUGGAUAUAAGAGUAUAAAUUGUGAAAAGUCACUUUGCACCAUAUGCACAGAUGUAGAGAAUUUCCACAGAAAUUCAUUUUAGGGUGUGUUAGAGCACAUUCCACUCUCAGCUAAUGCUCACACUGUUCUAGUGUAUUUAGAUGUCAUUGAUGAUGGCAACAAUGUCAGCAAACGUACUCUUGCUAAGCUCAUCACAAGGUGGUGGUUUUGCCAUUUACCCAAUAUGGCCACAAAGGGGACUUCUACAGAAGUGCAUUGAUGGUGCAAAGAGAACAUGGUAAUUUUCUUUAAUCACAGGUAUCAAUAACGGAUCAUCAUAGUAUAAUCUAACACAUACGUUAUCACACACGUUUUAAUCUGGAUCACCUCGUGCAGCGUGAGAAGUAAUAAUUUUAAAAGAUAUCAAAUUUGACUGAAAUCACGCAGCAUGAAACAGGGUUUAAUGAGGAACCCAAGUUAUGUUAAACCUGCUUUAUGAGCCCGACACCUGGAUAUAGGACUGUGUGUUGACAUCAGAAUGUUAUAAGUAGCCUAACCUACACAUUUUAUGACCAUGUCAUUGUUCACAAUGAGUACAUGUUUAACGACAACGUACUAGACUGUGCUUUUUGCUUUCAAUACGUUUAUGAAACUACGCCUGGAUUUUCCAGUCAGAACGUUCAAGUUGCCUUUGUGUAGGAUAUUGAGGUGAAGUACACAAUCUUUUACUUUGUUCUAUCCUUAUUGGGAAGAGAGGCAUGUUUUUAAACAGUAAACAUCUGAUAAAAUAUAUUAUGUUAUUUUAUCAGUUUUAGAUACUUUAUUGCGCUAUCCGUCUACUUUGGCAUUGUAAUCAUCUUCAAUCUGCAGUAUGUAUAUACAUUUUAGUAAUUCAUGUACAUCCAAAGACUGAAGUAGUUUUUCAGAGCAUUAAUAGUCUGUGUAAUGUCAGCCCAUAACGCCUGAUGUUUUCCACACAUGCACAUCUUCUGCUUUGUAAAUUCUGCACCAUAACUUAACCGCACAAGAAGUUGUCUAUUACUUUUCAUAGUUAGUUUCUGAUUUAAUAAGCACUCCUAUCCAUCACUACAGCGUAGAACAUUCUGGGAAGGUACUGUUAGCCAAGUUAUUUGAAAGAAAAAGGGCUUAUUAGUGUUAGAUUUUAUUUUUUAUUUUUUUUAUCUAUGCAAUGAUAAGUUGAACUCAUGUGAAAAGUAAAUUGGUGCUUCCAAGUUGGCGUUAAUGUUUUUCAACGACUCUAGUUACUAUACAGUUAAAGCUAAAUCUUAUGAAUCUGACAUCCUCUUGAAUCCGACUCAGUUUUCACACUACAUGUUCAUCAAUUCUGUGCAAAUAUAAUGUUGUUGUUUUUGUUUUGUUUUUUCUUUCUAUUUUCAUAUAGAGAAUUUUGUAGUUUUUAUUUGAAUGUCUGUUGUCUUUCAAUCUUGUCCAGUCAAACUAAUUGUGCAUUGAUGAUCCUAGUCAAAGAUCAGUCAGAAUCAAUUGUCUACUUUCAAGUUUUGUAUAUGGUAAGGCCAGCAAUUUUUCAGUGCUGUGUUGGUAAUAUUUCAUAAGUAACUUUGCAUAUGGCAUACCACACACGUCUGUGGAAUUGGCUCACUCAAUUUCAGAAAUUAUCAUUUUUGGCAUUCCUGGGUACAUGCAAGGUUAAAAACUAUAAAUGAAAUCUCAAAUUAUGGUGCUUAUCUCCAGUAGGCCAACAUGUCUUAAUCUUUUGCACAUUUUAGCCAUGACCUGCCGUUUACUUUCCUCUUGGUAAUAUUGGUCCUACUGAAGCCAUCAAGAAAUUUUCUCCACUAUUUACCUAUAAAUGAGCAAUGUUGUGACACUACCGCAAACUUUACGUACUGUUAUGUUGCAGGAGACAGUGUGUUUUACUUUCUGUUUUUCUUUCUGUGUAUAUUUAAAGCAUUAGCAGGGGUGGACAAAUCAUUAGGCUAGGUACCUGAAGCAAGCAGGUUCAGGUUCAGAAGGGAAACUAAGCUGAGCCAAAUAUAGUACAGUACAGCACAAAAACUUAUUUAAACCUGUCAACACACAGGCACCUCGUGAUUAACACUUUAUCAGGCAAACAUGAAGACUCCAACUAGACUUAAAUAUCGUCUUUAUGUGCAAGAACACACCAGAGCUCAUAGCUGAAAUCUUAGCCAAAGACUUCCUGCCUUUUUUGUCUAGGGUCCAAUUACAAUUCAGAUUAUCAGGAGACAGAAAAAACGAUAACUACAUAAAACCACCGCUCCCAGGGAUUCAGGCACUCUUUGAAAUCUAUUCAGCUAGACUUAACUAGACUAAUUUGCUUGUUGUAUUUAAGUUAUAUUAUGUUAGUUGCCACAUUUUCUAUUUAAAUAGGUUUUGGGCAACCACGCCAUGGAACUUGGUAACACAUUGGAACGUUUAAUGGUGGGCUGAUUAAUAAAUUGAUGAUUUGUCCACCCCUGACCAAUUAGUUAGAAACCAGCAUUUUGAUAUUGCUGGAUCUACAGAGGUCCGUCAGAACACUUCUGUUACAUUUUCUAUAUACUGGAAAUAUUUGUAUUUUAGAAGUGUAUUCAAAAUAGGACAUGUAGCAUUUAUAUGCCAAAGGCUUGUAUUACUUUUUCUGUUUUACUUCUUCCAUGCACCUGAACAAUGUGUUGUUUUCCCAAUAUGUAAGAAACAAAGGGAAUUUGUGUGUGUGUGUGUGUGUGUGUGUGCGCGUGCGCAUUGGUGUGAAUGAGCAACAAAUAGUGAACUUUCCCGUUGCUGUUAUUGAAUGUUAAAUUUUUUGUGGCUGAUUUUAGUACAUUUGUUACAGUACUAUCAGAUAUACAAAGAUAUCAUCUCCAUCCUGAGGAAAAUAUACAGCUGAUCAAACCAAAGAAUUUUGUAAUGUACUUUAAAUUUAAUAAAGUGAUGAUUUUUUUUUUUUCUUGUUUUGUUCCCAGCAUGAUAAAACAGCAUAUCUCUUUUAAAGAGUUGUUUCAUAUUUGGUAUAGUUAUUCUAUUUUUUAUAUCUCAUUUUGUUGUGUUAAAUAUACUUUACAAUGCAA